AUGAAAGAUACAGACUCACAAAAUAUUGACGUUAAAGGUCGAGAUAACACGCAUGACAGCACUCAAAUAUCUGCAUUUAAUGUGACUUCCAAGGAGUGUAUUCAAAUUCCUCCUCCGAAAUCUCCGCCGAAAGCUUCGAGCUUUUCUUCAAGCUCUUCUUCCAGCUCUUCUUCCAGCUCUUCUUCCGGCUCUUCUUCCAGCUCUUCCUCGAGCAGUUCAGAAGAUUCCGAAGACGAUUCAAACCAAGUCCGAGUGAAGAAGGUCAGUAUUACUAAUGAGGUAUCCCAUAUCGAGCCAUUAUCUUCCCCAGUGUAUAAUGUUAUCGACAACUAUCCGAACACUGAACAAAUCGAAAUACCUUCCUCAUGCAACUCCGUUGCUGAUAGUGAGGAGGAUGACAACACAAAUACUCAAUUGAGCUCAACUGUGAACGAUAAACGAGCUCGGCAGGGUAAACCGAACAUCAAUAUUGUUCCUUACUCUUCCACUGACGACUCUUCCAGUUCAGAUAGCGAUACCACUCCUUCAAAUGGAUGUCAUAAUAAUGAAAAUGAUACAACUGGAUCUAACAUUGCCGAAAAUAACGAGCCUUCUUGUAAUAAUAAAGGGACACGAAAAAGAAAAGCGGCACCUGAGAGUUGGAUUCGCAACACAGCCAAGAGACUGAAAAAUAAUGGUAAGUCGUAUACUUCAAGAUCGAACCGUAUUGUACCUGAGAAAACAUUGAAACCACCCUGUACUAUAAAAUGUAAGCGAAAUUGUACCCAAAUCUUCACCGAAACUCAACGCAAAAUAAUCUUUGAAAAUUACUGGGAAAUGGGUGACUUGCAGCGACAACGUGAGUACAUUUUACGGCAUAUUUCUCCUAUCUACCCAAAAUACUCGUACAAAGUUCACAACAGCAACCGUGGUCACAAUAAUGCAUUCUAUUUCACUGUAAAUCAGCAGAGGAUAAGGGUGUGCAAGACAUUUUUCAAGGCCACAUUAGAUAUCACAGAUCGUGUCAUCAGAACUGUAAUACAAAAAACUGAGGAUGAAAAUGACAGUUGUGUUUUAUCUUUAGAUCAACGUGGUAAGCACACAAAUCACAAAACCGUUGACCCGGAAAUUAAAGACAGCGUGCGGGAGCACAUUAAUAGAAUCCCUAGAGUAGAAAGCCAUUACUGUCGUGCUUGCACUACAAAAGAGUAUAUCGAUGGAGGCAAAAGUAUCGCGGACUUACAUCGGGAUUAUACUAAAGAACGAGAAUUGAAAAAUCUUCCUUAUGCGAACUAUUUAAUGUAUAAUCAUAUUUUUAACGAACACAAUAUUUCAUUUUAUCAGCCCAAAAAAGACCAAUGUGAGGAUUGCGUUUCUUAUGCGAACUCAACAGAGGCGGAAAAAGCAAAAAAUAAAGAUAAAUUUGAUACUCAUAUAAAUGAAAAAAUGCUAGCGCGAUCUGAAAAGGAUAAAGAUAAAAAAUAUAGUUCCAAUACUACUAUAGUGUGCGUCUACGAUCUUCAAGCAACGAUGCCGUGCCCAAAAGGGGACGUUUCCACAUUUUAUUAUCUUUCGAAACUGAAUGUUUACAAUUUCACAAUCUGCAACAUGAAGGAUAACAAUGUGUCUUGCUAUGUAUGGCAUGAGGGCGAAGCUAGGCGCGGAGUUGCAGAAAUUGGAACUUGUGUUAUGAAAUACAUAGAAGAUCUCAAAGUUAAGGCAAUUCAACUUAAAUCUAAACUUGAUGUCAUAUUUUAUUCUGACAACUGCACUGGCCAACAUAAAAACCACUUUAUGAUCGCACUUUACGUAUAUGUUGUUAAUAAUUUUGAGCACAUAAAUUCCAUAACACACAAAUUUUUGAUCAAAGGGCACACUCAAAAUGAGGGUGAUAGUGCUCACUCAGUUAUAGAAAGAGCUGGGCUCUUGUCGGUGCAGCGUGAUGAAGUUGUCUCCACCUUGGUCGAUCCGAAGCCAGCCCCUCAAUGUCCUGAGCGGGCCCGGCUUCAGGAGACGGUUGACAGGUUCACUGAGUGUAGUGCUGCGUAUGAGCAGGCCCUGAAGGACAUCAACUCAUUGGAGAGAGCACUGCACGACGCCCACGAACAAAUCUAUGAGCUACAGGAGGCCCAACACAAUGCAGCAGUGGCACACUCUCAGAGCUUGUUCGAAGAACUGGUCCGGCCCGACUCUCAGUUGGUUGCCGCACCAAUUGAAAACCUUGCGGCCCCUACAGAUUUAGCCUAUGAUACUACCACACCAAGGUUACGCGCUCUUACGUACGGGGCGCCUGCGGCGACCUUCACACUUAAAGGUCGGGCGAAGCCCGACAUUCAGCGCGCUCCGCGCGCUCUUACGUACGGGGCGCCUGCGGCGCCCUUCACACGUAAAGGUCGGGCGAAGCCCGACAUUCAGCGCGCUUCGCGCGCUCUUACGUACGUGGCGCCUGCGGCGCCCUUCACACGUAAAGGUCGGGCGAAGCCCGACAUUCAGCGCGCUUCGCGAGCUCUUACGUACGGGGCGCCUGCGGCGCCCUUCACACUUAAAGGACAUUCAGCGUGCUUCGUGCGCUCUUACAUACAGGGCGCCUGCGUCGCCCUUCACACUUAA